ACAUACAUAUUCCAUAUUCCAUUCCAGUAUAUACACACAUUCUAGGGUUUUACAAAUAAAUUUCUCACCUUUUUUUUGACUGAGAAUCUGAAUCUCUCUCUCAAUCGAGGAUUCUCCCACUAGAAGAUGAAGCUCAAGCAAUUGGAAGGUCAUCUUGGAUCCCUUCAACAAUUCUCCAACCCAAAGAUUGAACUAGAACAAUACCCAACUGGACCCCAUAUCGCUUCUCGGAUGUUAUACACUGCAGAGAAUUCAUUUGGGGAUGUGGCCAACAAGGUAGUGGCAGAUUUUGGUUGUGGGUGUGGUACAUUGGGUAUUGCAGCUGCUCUCUUGGGUGCAGAACAUGUCAUUGGCCUUGAUGUUGAUGCUCAGUCAAUUGAAAUUGCAUCCAUAAAUUCAGAAGAUCUUGAGUUAGAUGUGGACUUUGUUCAAAGUGAUGUGAGGAAUUUACGAUGGAGAGGUCCAAUUGUUGAUACCGUUGUUAUGAAUCCUCCGUUUGGAACCCGGAAAAAGGGAGCUGAUAUGGACUUUCUUUUUGCGGCUUUGAAGAUUGCUUCACAAGCAGUUUAUUCCUUGCAUAAGACCACGACAAGAGAUCAUGUGAAAAGAGCAGCAUUGAGGGAUUACAAUGCUAAAAGUGCUGAGGUAUUAUGUGAGCUUCGAUAUGACGUGCCACAACUAUACAAAUUUCACAAGAAAAAGGAAGUGGAUAUUGCCGUGGACCUUUGGAGAUUUGUUCCUCAGAGAAUUCAGGGAAAGGGUUUUUAACAACUCAUUCAAGACAAUGCAUCCAGUUUUUCAAGCGAUGAACAUGUGUGAGAUUUAGAGAAAUGUGAUGGUAUCUUUUGUGAAAAACAGAAUGUGUGUUCUGCGUACCCAAUAUUAUGAGGGGCUCCAUAGCUGCAGUGCCCCAUUUGUAACGGAUGUGAGAUUUAGAGUAUUUUCUUGACCCAUUCAUAUUUGUUAUCGGAACUGAAUAAUUAGACAGGAUUUUCCAUAAUUUUUAUAUAUUUUAUACCCUCAUCAAGAAA